CAUAAAACACAAACAUAAUCGCGCGCGUUGUUUGCAUUCUGUUCUCCGGAAAGGCAGUAUUAAAUCGUAUAGUUUGUGAAUAAAUUGAUGGUUCGUGUUUUUUGUGUAUUGAAAGCAGCAUGAGCAGCGCAAAGAAACAACGUCCUGGAGGCGACGGGAGUAACAAAACCAUUGCACCACCAAAACAACCCCAGCCAUCGGAACCGAUGGACGCCGACGUUGAUGAAGAUGCACUGAUGUCAGAAGACGAGGAGGGAGGGACGCGUAUUGGCGGCAUCUACAUUCCGCCACCGGUUCCACCGUACUGUUCCACGGAAUGUAAGGGGCCUCGUUUAAUCAUUGAAUGCAUCUCGAAUUAUAACUUUAAAAGCUAUGCCGGACACGUAAUGCUUGGACCGUUUCAUCAACGAUUUUCUGCCAUCAUUGGUCCGAACGGAAGUGGCAAGAGUAACGUGAUAGAUUCGAUGCUGUUUGUGUUUGGCUACCGGGCACAGAAGAUCCGCUCGAAGAAGCUCUCGGUUCUGUUGCACAACUCUUCGAAGCAUCCGAACACAAACAGCUGCACGGUGGGAGUGCAUUUCAAGCAAAUCGUCGAUCGAGAAGAUGGAUCGUUCGAUGAGGUGCCGAACAGUGCGUUUGUCGUCGCUCGAACGGCUUUCCGGGAUAACAGUUCGUACUACACGAUCGACAACAAGCGCGUACACUUUAAGGAGGUUUCCAAAUUGCUGAAACAGCACGGCAUCGAUCUGGACCACAAUCGGUUUCUAAUCCUUCAGGGUGAGGUGGAAUCAAUUGCGAUGAUGAAGGCGAAGGCACAGACGGAAAACGAAUGUGGAUUGUUAGAGUACCUGGAAGAUAUAGUCGGUACGACGAGGUAUAAGCAGCCGUUGCAGAACAUUAACGAACGGGUCGAUUCGUUGAACGAAGAGCGCACGGAAAAGCACAACCGCUGCAAGCUGGCCGAGCGCGAAAUGAAAGACCUCGAUAAACCGUUUAACGAAGCGGUGGAAUAUCUAAAGCUGGAAAAUACACUGACCCGCGUACGGAACCAGCAGAUACAAAAGUACAUCAGCGAACAGCAGCGCAAAAUCGGCGAGUUCACCGUGGAACGGGACCAGGCCGCCGGAAUCCUUGCCAAACACGACGAAACGUACGAUGCGCUAAAGGCAGAACGCAUAGAAAAAGAGAAACUCGUGAAGGAAGAAAUCAAGCAGUACGAUGAGCUGGUCAGUGCAAAGGAAAGCAAGGAAACGAUGCUUAAGAAUUCGCUCGAUAAGUUUGCAAAGGUGCAGGCAAACAUGCGCGCUACGAAUGAGCGACGUAAGAAAACGAUGGACCAGAUCAUAACGGAGAAGGGCCGGUUGAAGGAAUUGCUCGCCGUGCCGGAGAAAAACCAGAAAGAAAUUGAAGAGUCAGAGCACAGGAUAGAAUCGCUCACAAAGCAGAAAGCUGAAGUCGAGACAAAGCUGACUGCCAACCUGGCCACGCUUAAGGACGAAACGAAGGGACUGCUGGAGGAAAAAGAAAAGCUGCAAACGGAACUGAUCGACCUGAAGCGUGCGGUCGACGAAAGCAAAUCGGCUCUGUCGAUAGCGGAAUCCGAGUUAAAGAUCUGCAAGCACGAUGAGGUCAUGGAACGGCGCAAGCUCGAAUCGCUCCGCUACUCCUACGAAGAAACCGAAAAUGACCUCAAGGAAAAACAAGAGAGGCUCAAGAUGUUGGAAGAAGCACUGCCGGCCACGCGAACCGAACUUGAAGCGGCCAAACAAAAGCUGCAAGCAAAUGUUAACGAAGAGAAAGAAUUGAGGCAGGAAUUGCGCUCGGUGCAGGGCAAGCUGCAGGAAUCGAUGUCCGCUAUGCAGUCGACACGUUCGCAGGGCAAAGUGUUGGACGCGCUGAUGCGUCAGAAGAACGAAGGACGCAUUCCGGGUAUUCUUGGGCGGUUGGGAAAUCUCGGCGGUAUCGAUGCACGAUACGAUGUUGCCAUUUCGACGUGCUGUGGAACGCUCGAUCACAUCGUGGUAGAAACAGUCGACACGGCGAAGACUUGCAUCGAAUUUUUGAAGGAUCACGAUAUCGGUCGGGCAUCGUUUAUUGCGCUGGAGAAGAUACAACAGUACGAGCGCAAUUGUCAUACCAGAAUACAGACACCCGAAAACGUACCCCGAUUGUUUGAUUUAAUUCGCGUUGAAGACCAACGUGUGCUGCCCGCGUUCUAUUUCGCCCUGCGCGACACAUUAGUGGCGGAAAAUCUCGAUCAAGGUCAACGGAUUGCGUACGGACGGCAGCGAUUCCGCGUGGUUACGCUCGGCGGGGACGUGAUUGAAACGUCCGGCACAAUGUCCGGUGGUGGUCGUUCGCAACAUCGUGGCCGCAUGGGCACGACGGUGCAAACCAAAACGUCCGCCAGCGAACCGGCGGGAAUUUCGAAUCGCGAAAUAGAGCAGAUGCAAAUCCGUGCGCAAGAUAUCCAAUCCCAGAUCAACUACGUGCAGGAGCAGCAGGGCCAACUGGAAGCCAACAUUCAGCAGCUGACGGCAAAACUCAAGCAGCAGGAAAUGGAACUGAAGCGAAUGCGCAUGGAUGUUGCAAGUUUAACUCAGCAGAUGCCACGGCUGAAGGCGCAACUGGAUUCGCAGGCAGAACGUGUCGCCAGUACGCAUUCCGAUCCGGAAAAGGUGCGCGCGCUGGAGGCAAAGGUAGCCGAAUGCAAGAAAGCACACGUAAGCUCCACCGGCAUAGCGGACAAGAUGCAGAAAGACGUCGAUCGGUACACGGAACAGAUUAAUGAAAUUACCGACAGUAAGGUGAAGGUGCUGCAGACAAAAAUUAACACACUGGGCAAGCAGAUUGACAAACUGUCCGCUAACAUCUCGAAGCUAACGGUCGACAUCAAAACGUCCGAGCGAAAUGUGAAAAAAUCGGAAGAUAAAAUCAAGAGCAUGGAAGCCGAAGUUGAGGCGGCCCAGGAUGCAAUACGGAAAGACAACGAUGAGCGUACGAAGCUGGAGGAGGAGGCAAGCAAGCUUCAGGAAGAGCUAGAAGCAAUGAAAGAAGCUAUCACAAAAGCGCACGAAGGUUCUUCCAGCAUCAAAAAAGAGAUUGUAGCGCUACAAAAGCGCGAAGCCGAGGGCAAAAUGAAGCGGCUCGAGUUUGAGCAGAUUCUGCAAACGAUCGAAACGAAGCUGCAGGAAACGAAGGACACACUUCCCCACUGGAGGGACAAGCUUAAACCGUUGAAGUUGCACGAAAUUCCGGGCGUUCCUCCGGAGGAACCACUGAAGGAAUACACAGAGGAGCAACUGAGUAGCUACAAGCUACCCGAUCUACAGUACCAGAUCUCCAUUCUGGAGGAGAAGCUCAACUCUAACAAACCCAACCUGUCCGUCAUCGAUGAAUUCCUGAAGAAGCAGGAAGCUUACCUUAGGCGUGUCGCCGUGCUGGAAGAGAUCACCGCCAAGCGUAACGAGAUGCGACAACUGUACGAUGACGUGCGCAAGAAACGGUUUACCGAGUUUAUGCGCGGAUUUCACAUCAUCACCAAGAAGCUGAAGGAAAUGUACCAAAUGAUAACGCUCGGCGGUGAUGCGGAGUUGGAACUGAUCGAUUCGAUGGAUCCCUUCAACGAGGGCAUCGUGUUCAGUGUACGGCCACCGAAAAAGUCCUGGAAGAUGAUUGCGAACCUUUCCGGUGGUGAGAAGACGCUUUCCUCCCUCGCGUUGGUGUUUGCGCUGCAUUACUACAAACCAUCGCCACUGUACGUAAUGGACGAAAUCGAUGCUGCACUAGACUUCAAGAACGUUUCGAUUGUGGCACACUACAUCAAGGAACGGACAAAGAAUGCACAGUUUGUCAUUAUUUCGCUGCGCUCCAACAUGUUCGAACUGUCCGAUUAUCUUGUGGGUAUCUUUAAAGUGAGCGAUUGCACCAACUCCGUCACGAUCAUGAACGAUCCGCAGAAGACCAUUACGCACAUUGGUGCUACACAGCAGCAAACGCAGCAGUUUGGGUUUCACAAUGAGAAUAUAAAUCUGCAGGACGAUGAACCGUACCGAGCCACGCUAAACGCGCCGGAGGAGAGAAAUGAUGCACCCGAAUCAACAACACAGGAAAAUAAAGAUAGUGCACAAGACACCCCAGUGGAACCGUCGUUAAUGGAAACUAGCAUCGUAGCAGAAGAAUCUAAUACGGUCGAACGAACCGAAGUACAACCGAUGGAAAUCGGAGAAGCAGAAGGAACAAGAAUAGAAGGAGAACAGGAAAAAAAGGAUGAAGAAAUAAGUGAACAACUUUAAAGAUUUUACAAUUUUAGUACGUUUAGUUAGGUACUACAAUACGGUUUUGAGCGAGAGCGAUUAACUAGACGAGAGAAUAAAUGCAAGAUCAUUUUUACGUUACUAUCUAUUUUCUUAGUUGAAAAUGAUUUAAUUUAUCUUAAUAUAUAGACUUUUUCAUUAGUGUAGUGAUUAUAGAGUAUUACACAAGUUCGCGCUAUAACAAAGAUCAAUGCACCUGCACCAGUUUUGCAGCGUUGUAACUAUUUUAAACGCUCUGUUUUCCGCAAAUGCGUUUCUUUUGCUUUUCGUGAUCUUUGCACAGAUCCGAACCGAAGCAAUGAAACGAAAGUGAAGAAUCUAUGUGGCACGCGGCUGUUGGCAUUUGCGGUACGAACAAUCCCGGCUGUAAGCAUUAUAGCCAAAAGAACGGUGUCGUUGCGAUGAAAGGUGAAGUUUAAGGAACAAGCCUAGGUCAAGAUCCUUACGAUGGAUGGGUAGUCCAUCACAUUGGGUACUCGGAUACGAUGCUACAAGUUGAAUAAUCACAGUCCAUCGACACGGGAAGUCGAACGACAGAUGUGAGUUUAGCCCAACUGAGACAAAUGCAUAAGAAAUGUGUAACAAGCAAAUAAUUGCUCUAAUAGACUUAUUGGUCUUCAUCAGUUUAACAAAAUGCAUCGUUUAAGUACAAAUGCAAAUGCAAGAUCAUCUACGAACACGAAGUUCUCCCAUUUCUCACUAUCACGAUUGCUCCGAGAGCAUUUCAAGGUCAAACUAGGAUGGUACAAGCACAGGUCCUACAAUUGUAUUCCCCUGACAGACAUAUUAAAUCUGUAAAAUAGUUUCAAAUAACGAACAGUUUUCAUGCGCAAGGCUUAAAAAAAGGAUUAAAUCGGAGGACCACAAGUAAAACAUGGUUAAGAAGCAUAAAAAUAGCUUCAAUUAUUGCUAGU